AUGACCGUGCCGCCUCCGUUUAAAAGACCUCCCUUUCCACCAGAAAUUGACCCCGCAAAAAUUGCAAGAAAGUACAUUUGCGGAAUGAGACGAGAUCCAAAUGAAUCAUGGAAAAAUGAACCCUCGGAGGUUAAAGACUAUUACAAGCAUCUUGCAACUCUGACUAAAAUCGAAUUGUGCAAUCUAAGAAGGCUAAAUGAAAUUCGAAUAAUAAAUUACGAAGGACUUGGUAAAAGACACCAACAUGAAGAUGAAGUCAGUAUAACGAAAGUCCCACAUUUCGAAAGACAAACUCCGGCAUUACCUAUGGAAGAAAAUAAUAUUGAUGACGAAGGCUGGAUUCCCGUCGCAUAUGAACCUAUAGGAAAUGAAGUUUGGGCUCCGAUUCUCUACAAACCUUUGAUGAUAUUUAGAUGCGCCUUUCAUGAAUUCCUCGAUUGCCCGUGCCAGAAUAAUUUUUAA